CUCGAUUUGUGUGCUCAUAAUAAACCAACAGCUACCGUUUUACGUACGUACUCUCAUCACAAUUCAUUUCUCCCCCGGCACUUUUGCUUGUCUUUUCCGUUUGGCACUGCGCAUCGGAAACCCUAAAAUCAGAGGAAACACAUAAUUAUGAUGGGUGGAAAUGGGGAAGUAUCAGUUCCACCAGGGUUCAGGUUCCAUCCCACCGACGAGGAGCUGCUUUACUACUAUCUAAGGAAGAAGGUCUCUUACCAACACAUCGACUUGGAUGUUAUUAGGGAAGUCGAUCUCAACAAACUUGAACCUUGGGACCUCAAAGAGAAAUGUAGAAUAGGGUCGGGGCCCCAAAACGAAUGGUACUUUUUCAGCCACAAGGACAAAAAGUAUCCGACGGGUACCCGGACGAACCGGGCGACGGCAGCGGGGUUCUGGAAAGCGACGGGGAGGGACAAGGCCAUCCAUCUCAGCACCUCCAAGAGAAUCGGGAUGAGAAAAACCCUAGUCUUCUACACCGGCCGUGCCCCUCACGGCCAGAAGACUGAUUGGAUCAUGCACGAGUACCGAUUGGACGAUCACACUCCUGAUCACGAAAUCCAAGAAGAUGGGUGGGUGGUGUGCAGAGUAUUCAAGAAGAAGAGCCACACCAGAGGUUUCAACCCCGAAUUCGACCAAGAAGUAGAGCACAUUGUGCCUUUCAAUGCAGCUGGUGGUUGUACCUUAGAGCAGAAGCAGAACUCAGAUCAUCUACCACAUUAUAACAACUACACAUUUCAUGACCACAACACUUCCAACAUGCAUCUCCCACAACUACUCAGUCCCGAUACCGUCCCACCUUCAUUCUUGUCCUCACUUCCACUGCCCACCAUUGACAUGCAGAGUUCCCAGAACCUGUUGAGGUUAACAUCCGGUAGUGCCGCCACCUCCGGCUGUGGCACCAGUGCUGGGCUCAUGCAGCCAGAGAAGUUUUCCGGUGACUGGUCGUUUUUGGACAAAUUACUGGGAGCUACGCAUCAGACCAUGGACCAUAUCAGCAAAUGUCACCAGUUUUCUCAGGUUGCUGAUUUUGUUCCACCCACCCAGAGGAUUCCGUUUUCUUACCAUGGGCUGGAAGCAGAUCUUUCCAGAUAUUCCAAGUAGUUUUUUGUGGUAAUUUAAGAUAUUUGUGUUGCUAUGGCUAACCUGGCCUUCAGCCUUUGAAACCUAUUCGUUUAUGUUGUGAGGCUGCAUAUUUCAAGUACUUGGGAUUAUGUGCAAGAUUUUGGUUUUCUGCUUAUCAUAUGCAUUGUCAAUUUCAGUGUCAGUUAAAUGUAGAAAAAUGUGUAUAGCAAUUCCAACUAUCAAAUUAGCUGGAA